UGCCGGGGCAGCGCCCCACUCCGGGAAGCCCGAGGGUCGUUUUCAGCCCCAGCCGGAGGGCUUGGGCUCCGUGGGCUCUCAGGCUUGUUAACCAUCUCUCAGCUGAGCCCUCAGACUGGCUUAGGGCAUGUUGACUCCGUAUGUGCGACACGGCUGAGAACGGGGCGAGAACCACUGUCCCUGGUCAACCUGCGGAAGAGAAGCCUGGAACCUGGAGAGGAAGAGCUGGCGUCCAGGCUGGACCACUACAAGGCCAAGGCCACGAGGCACAUCUUCCUCAUCAGGCACUCCCAGUAUCACGUGGACGCCUCCCUGGAGAAGGACCGCACACUGACGCCCCUGGGUCGAGAGCAGGCUGAACUAACUGGCCUCCGACUUGCAAGCUUGGGGUUGAAGUUUAAUAAAAUCGUCCACUCCUCCAUGACCCGCGCAGUAGAAACCACUGACAUCAUCAGCAAACACCUGCCGGGCGUCUGCAGGGUCAGCACGGACCUGCUGAGGGAAGGCGCCCCCAUCGAGCCCGACCCCCCCGUGUCCCACUGGAAGCCGGAGGCUGUGCAGUAUUACGAAGACGGAGCCCGAAUCGAGGCCGCCUUCCGGAACUACAUCCACCGUGCAGACGCCAAGCAGCAGGAGGACAGCUACGAGAUCUUCAUCUGCCACGCCAACGUCAUCCGCUACAUCGUGUGCCGGGCCCUGCAGUUCCCACCGGAAGGCUGGCUCCGCCUCUCCCUCAACAAUGGCAGCAUCACCCACCUGGUGGUCCGGCCAGAUGGCCGCGUGGCACUCCGGGCCCUCGGGGACACAGGGUUCAUGCCCCCGGACAAGAUCUCGCGCUCCUGAGGGGCUCCCAGCCAGGCCCUGGCGUGGGUGCCACCGAGUACACAGGCUCCUCCCUCCAUCUUCCCUCCACGGGCUUCGCUGUGGCCAGUCCCGUCACUCCAGGAUGUGGCAGCGGAGCAGAAGUGUCCUGAACUUUUCAGUACUUGCGGCCCAGGACGGGCAAGGGAGACAUUUGGGUCCGAUCUGCUUGAUUUCUUGCAGGGUCUCUGCCUCGCUCUUGUCCUGCAGGACGAGCCGCGGGGUCUUGGGGACUGGGUGAGGCCUCAGAAGCCAUCCUGGUGGAGCUGCAGGGCCCCGUCAGCAAAGCCUGUCAGCAGAACUCGGGGAGGAGGGCGCCAGUGCUUCCUUCGUAACUUAUUUCGCUUCACACAUUUCUUUCCAUUUCUUAAAACUCUGGUCACUUAACUAUUUGUCAGUUAAGGAUUUUCUGUAUUUGGGUUCUUGCCUUGAAAACCAGUCUCUACUUGAGUUACUCCCCAGAUGCUGUUGGAUUGGGGCUCAACUGUGUCAUUAGGCCUUUGCGGACAUGGGAGCCCCUGGCAGGUGAGGGCAGUGACGCACCUGAAGGUGUCGCAGGAGAGGGGCCAGGCAGCGGUGGCCCAGGAGGGGGUCUGGUUUCUAUAAAAUGUCUGACUCACAGUUCAGUCUUUGUUUGCCUCUGGUUGUUCAUCUUUUGUGCUUAUAUUUAGAUAUGAUGUAUCCAUCCCAAAUUUCCAUUAAUAUAGGGAAAACUACAGUUUCUGUGGAGUGGUUGUGAACAUUUUCUGCAAUCAGUGCAACUAAUUAAUUAGGAUAUUUGAUCCAUUUCUCCGUCAACUUUGGAAAUGACUACAAAAUAAAAUUUUAUUAUACUGGUUUUUCAAA